GGAGAAGCCUUAUCACAAAAAACAACCACCAAGCGACGGCGCCUGCACAAGAUGAACCAGCUCUCUCUCCUCCACCACCUACAUCGGCUGUCUCCCGGACGCGGCCAUGGCCUCACCGCCGUCGUCCGAGCUGGGCUCUCCUCCUGUGAACCACCAACCCCGCAGCAGCACGCAAAACGCCUCCUUGCCAUAGCGCCUCACGAAAGCAUCGCAGCAGCUAGGGAGGAGGAGAGCCACUUGCGUCAAGAGCUCGCUGCAGCGGGCAAUAAUAACGAGGCCGGCGGCGGCGGCAGGACGUGCGCUCUGCCGACGUGGGCGCUCCUCGGCGGCAUCACGGUGGGCGUGACCGUGGCGCUGGCCCUGUCCGCGGGGCCAGGCCCCGCCCUGGCGCUGGGGCCAGAGGGCCCCCUGGUGGAGGAGUUCUGGGACAACAUGCGGCGGUACGCGCUGUACGUUGUGACGGUGAGCACAGGGGUGGCGUACACGGUGCUGCAGCCCAUAGUGGAGCUGCUCAAGAACCCCGUCACGGCGCUGCUCAUCGUGGCCGUCAUCGCCGGCAGCGGCUUCCUCGUCUCGCAGGUGCUCAAUGCCAUGGUCGGCAACUCCGACUUCAUCUACAGGUAUGAGUAGGUGGAUGGCGAGCGUGUGGUGGCGCUGAGGUCUCUGCGUGACCGAGAAUGGAGAGGUGAACGUGUGCUUUAGUGUGUCAACGAACCAGGAGCUAGAACAGGAAUGUCUGAAAUUGAAGUUUGCUGUCUGGAUGUAUUUUACUCUGUCUGAUAUUUACUUUGACCAACAGGCUAUGCUAUGCAUGAGUGAAAGAACGUGGACGUCUUCUAGUACCUAUACCACAGCUCAGUUUUACUUUUACAUCUCUCCAGUACUUAUUGGUGAGACAUUUUUUCAUAGACAAAACUAAGUAGUGCUACUGAACUAAA